UUUUGAUACAGUAAAGCUUUCACAUUGAUUGCCCGGCUAAAGAAAACACACAUGCUUUGAUUGCUUCCUCCGUAAAAGAAGCUAUGGCAAUAGGAGAGAUAUUUCUUGCGGCAUUUAUUGAGGUGCUGCUGAGCAGGUUGGUCUCUGGCGACUUUGUCAACUUCGCAACCCAAAAGGGGGUUGGCAGAAAGCUGGAGAAAUGGAGGGAAACUUUGUCUACCAUUGUGGCUGUGCUGUAUGAUGCAGAGGAGAAGCAACUAACGAGCAAGGCAGUGGAGCUAUGGCUGGAUGAUCUCAAAGACUUGGCUUAUGAUGUGGAGGACAUACUGGACAAGUUUUCCACUAAGAUGUUACGACGCAAGGUCAAGCAGCAAAAUCGGGCCGGCACAAGCAAGGUACGAGGGAUCUUUUCUAAAGUUGCUAAAGUUAAAUUCAACUUGAACAUGAACUCUGAAAUCGAGGAGAUUGAUGAUCGGUUACUUCGUAUAUCUCAAAGGAAAAGCGACCUGGGGUUAAUAUAUAUUGAGCCUAGGUCCACUAUGAUGGGGCAAAGGUUGCCAAGUUCAUAUGUGCUUGAUGGACCUGUAGUUGGAAGGGGUGAAGAUAAAAAAACAAUUCUUGAAUUUUUGUUUAGAUAUCAUGAGCCUUCGACCACCAGUUUUCACGUAGUUGCAAUUGUUGGUAUGCCAGGAAUCGGCAAGACAACACUUGCAGGACAUGUAUUCACUGCAGUUAAGCAAUUUAAUCCCAAGGUGUGGGUAUCUGUGUCUGAUAACUUCAAUCUUGAGAGGGUGACGAAAACAAUUUAUAAGUUGGUCACAUCCCAACAUUGUGAUUUGGAUGAGUUCUGUCAAGUUCAAGAUAAUUUGCGUGAGGCAUUAGAAGGGAAAAGGUUUUUAAUUGUUCUAGAUGAUGUGUGGACCACAUGUGACUACAAUUCAUGGAGAAGUUUGCAGUCCACUUUUCAUCUUGGAGCACAGGGAAGUAAGAUAAUUGUGACAACGCGGGAUAAAGAAGUUGCAAAAUUGAUGGGAGCUACAGAAGUUUAUGAUUUGAAGACUCUGUCUGAGGAAGACUGUUGGCAGGUAUUUCAGCAACAUGUCAACAAUGUCAAACCGCCGAGUUUUGAGUUAACUAAGAAAAUCGUUAAAAAUUGCGAUGGAUUGCCUUUGGCUGCGAAGACCCUUGGUGGUAUUUUACGUUGUAAGGAAACUGACAAAUGGGAGGAAGUAUUGAAUAAUAGAUUGUGGACUGUGUGUGAUAAUAGUGGCAUUCUCCCAGUAUUAAAAUUGAGCUAUCAUUAUCUCCCUUCAAGUUUGAAGAGGUGCUUUGCCUAUUGCUCCAUACUACCAAAUGACUAUGAAUUCAAGAAAAAGCAGUUAAUCCUUCUAUGGAUGGCAGAGGGUUUGCUUCAGCAAUCAGAAGGAAGUACACAGAUGGAAGAUAUUGGUGACAACUAUUUUGUCGAGCUCUUAUCUCGGUCACUAUUUCAAAACUCAGGCAAGAACAAUUCACGAUAUGUAAUGCAUGACCUUGUUGGAGAUUUGGCACGAUGGGCUGCUGGAGGCACGUUUUUCAGACUGCAGGAUAAAUGGGAUGGUAGGUGUGCUCCAAGGAUCCGACAUUCAUCUUACAUUUCUGGUCUUUAUGAUGGGGAUAAAAAAUUUGAGAAUGUUUUAAAAUUCAAACGGUUGCGGACUUUCUUACCACUUUCAAUUUCACAAGGUCCACAAGGUCGUCAGCAUUAUCUAUCUCGCAAGGUUGCUUUUGAUUUAGUACCAAAAUUGGAGUCUUUAAGGGUGCUCUCUUUUAAUGGCUAUCAAAUAACUGAGUUGCCAGAUUCAAUUGGUCAUUUGAAGCAUCUACGGUACCUUGAUCUUUCUUACACACAAAUAACUAGUUUGCCUGAACCAAUCACCACUCUUUUCAACUUGCAGACAUUGAUUUUGAAAAGAUGUUCUCAUUUGAAGGCUCUACCGACGAACAUUAGCAAUCUAACUAAUCUACGGCAUCUCAACAAUUCACAUGUACCGUCAUUGGAAGGAAUGCCUGCACAACUAGGUCAGUUGACUAAUCUACAAACACUGUGCAAGUUUUUGGUGGGCAAAGGUAGCGAGUCAGGGAUAAGCGAGAUAGGGCCCUUAUUGAAUCUUCGAGGGACAUUGUCCAUUUCAAGACUGCAGAAGGUGAAUGAUGUUGAGGAAGCAAGGAGGGCUGACUUAACUGGAAAGAAAGGGCUUGAUGCAUUGGAACUAGAAUGGAAUGGCAUAGGAAACAGGGAAUUAGAGGUGCUUGACAUGUUAAAACCUCAUGGAAAGCUCAGAAAACUCAUGAUCAAGGGCUAUGGUGGUUUGACGUUUCCAAAAUGGAUAGGAUAUCCUUCAUUCUUUGAGAUGAUGGUUGUAAGGUUAGAGAAUUGUAAAAAAUGUCGGUUCUUGCCUCCACUUGGACAAUUAUGUUCUCUCAAAGAACUGUACAUAACUGGAAUGUCUGAAGUAGAAAGCGUGGGUCCUGAGUUUUAUGGAGAUGGUAGCUUGCCUUUUCCACUGUUGGAGACCCUUGAAUUUGAGGACAUGAAACAUUGGAAGGAGUGGUUUCCGUGGGAACAAGUAAAAGGGAAGGGAGUUUUCCCUUGCUUAACAAUGCUAACUAUCUCAAGAUGCCCCAAUUUAGAGGGCAGGUUACCCACAAACCUUGUUUAUCUAUCCAACCUUGUGAUUCGUGAAUGCAUGCAGCUCGUGGUUUCGAUUUCCAAUUAUAAACAACUAUGUCAACUAAACAUUGACAAUUGCAAGGCAGUGGUGCACAGAAGUUCAGUUGAGUUCAAGUUACUCAAGGUUGUAAAGCUUGCUAGUAUUUCAGAGUUCAGACUCCAAAUAGAGGAAUUCAUGAGAGGAUUGACAAGUGUUACGUAUUUACAGAUUACUGGUUGCGAGGAGCUGGCAUCUUCAUUGCAAAGUGAGGAUAGAGUACUCCAACACUUGAUGUCACUUCAUGAGCUCAGAAUAUAUAAAUGCCAAAGUCUAGUAUCUUUUCCAGAAGGUAGUCUGCCAUCUUCUCUUAAAUAUAUAUGGAUUCAGCAGUGCCAUUCCCUUACAUCUUUUGCAAGAUAUCAGAUACCGUCAAGUGUAACAAGAAUAGAGAUUCGAUUGUGCAAAAAAUUGACAUCAUUGCUAGGGGAGAAGGGUGAGGCUUCAUUACCUUCUUCUUCUUCUCCUUGUUUGAUGCAAGACGAAUCCUUUCUUGAGUACUUGACCAUUACUGGUUGUCCAUCCCUCACAUCCUUGUCAUUCAAUGGCCAUGUACCAAGGGCUCUCAAACACCUUCAAAUUCAUCGAAGUGACCAACUAGAGUCAAUAACAGAAAGCUUCUACGAGAACAAUUGUCUCGAACUUUUUGAUAUCUUCCGUUGCUCAAGUCUUAAAUCCUUACCGGAGGGGAUAUGCCACCUCACCAAUCUUCGUUUAUUUGAGAUUUGGGACUGUAAAAGUCUUGUUUCCUUCACGAGAGGAGGGUCGCCAACAGGAGCCUCCAAUCUAAACUCUCUAAAGAUACUCAGGAUUGGUCAUUGUGAAGGUCUUGUGCCUUUUCUACGAGAGGGGGGGUUUACUGCCAACGUGACAUCAAUUGAUAUAGCAGGUUUCGAUAUUUUUCAACUCUUCAGUUGGGGGCUGCAUCACUUAACCUCUCUUAGACAGUUGAGGAUCCAAGGUGCUACAGAUGUGGUCUCUUUUCCACCUGAUGAGAAUCAAAUACUGCAGCUCCCCAAAUCUCUCACUAGACUCACGUUCGGAUACUUUGUAAAUUUGAUCGAACUCAGCAAGGGUCUUCAAUUCCUCACCUCUCUUCAAUCUCUUGAAAUUUGGGACUGUCCUAAGCUAGCAUUCAUUCCAGACACCGGCCUGCCUCUUUCACUUCAGAAACUUAGUAUCAAAAGAUGCCCGGAGAUAGAAGAGAAAUGCAAACAAGGAAGAGGAAGAUAUUGGCCAAAAAUAUUACGCAUCCCUCACAUACAGCUUGGAGGCUCAGACUCAGAAGCCAACUCGGAUAUCGAUGAGGACAGCAGCUGGAACAUGUAUAUAAGUGAAAAGUUGCAAGAGAUCUCUAGUGCAGACUCUCCACCUUCAUAGGACAUACCUCCUCAUAUUCUCAUACUACCCUCCAGGCAGUUGUAACAAAGUUUCAUCUUCUAGCUGUUUAAAAUAUGCUUGCUAUCAGUGAAGUUGCUUACAGUUUGGAUUCUUCCUUACUUUCUUCUCAGCUUGAGAAGGCUCAGUUGAUCAUUUAUUCCUUUCUGCGCCUGCAAGAAACAGUAUCAGGCCUGUGACUGACUCUUUCAUCAAACAUCCACAGCUAUUGGUUGCAGUAGUGAGUAGGAAUGAAGCACAGGUUAAAGAUGACAUACCGCAAAAGCUGAGGCCCCAACAUUUUCUCAAGCCAUUAAGAAUGCAGAUAAGACGAACCCCAUCGAAGAUGUUGAGGUGAUUAGGAUACUAUCAACAAGGAGUAAGGCCCAUCUGGCCAUCUCCAGGAAGUAUCUAAACACUACAAGGGGAUUUCUGGCCACAACAUCGAUGAGCUACGUAUGAGAAAACAAAAUGAACUCGAGUGGCGAAACAUUUUAAACAUGUGCUUGCAUUCAUCUAAAGUGAGAACGUUGAGGUUAUAGGCAUUGAUUCCUAAUGAGUGCUUUGUUUAGGAUCUUGAUGCUGAUUUUGAGGUUAAAAGAGACGGUGCAGUGCCUAUGUACUCAGACAUAUUUCAGCAAGGGGUUGAAAGUGGCAUUGAGGAAUGAUGUGGAAUUUCAAUGGAGCUCCCUAUUUCUUCAUCAAAUGAUAAUUAUGAGUUAAUUUUAGGGCUGGUGAGCUGUGGCUCGUUGGUUAUUUGGCAAGUAAUUGCAAUCAUAGUGUGCUACAUUUAGAGAGCCCUAAAAAUCUUGCUCUUACCUAGUGCCAUUCCUCCGAAAAGGUGAAAGAAAUGUAUCACUUAUUUUGAGAGAACCCUACGGAAUGGAGUAUGUAUAAUUGUAUAAAUAAUAUUGAGUUGUGUUCGCUUGUGCACUUGUGUGCGGGAUUGUGCUUGAGUAGAACUAUGUAUACUUCGGGAAAAAAAUUAUUGAGAUGGAAGCUUUUAUUUUAGGGGAAAUGAU